AUGUCUGCUGAAACCACUACAGCCCCCGUUGAAGCAGCAACAGCUGCGCCAUACAGCAUAUUUGACAAAAAACAGAAAUGGUUAAUUGUGAUCGUUGUUUCGACUGCUGCAACCUGUGAUGCUGACUCUCCCACCGUCUCUGGAUUCGCAUCUAAUAUCUAUUUCCCCGCCUUGCCCACCAUCGCAAACGACCUCCAUGUCUCCCUGGAGUUGGUCAACCUGACUGUGACAUCUUACCUGAUCUUGCAGGGUCUGGCACCCAGUCUCUGGGGCCCGGUCUCGGACGUCAGAGGGCGUCGGACAGCAUAUCUGUGCACAUUUGUGGUCUUCCUCGGUGCGUGCAUUGGCCUCGCAGAAAGCAAGAACUACGCCACGCUGGUUGUUUUGCGAUGUCUUCAAAGCACCGGCAGUGCUAGUACCAUUGCAAUCGGCGCCGGGGUCAUAGGUGACAUCACCACCCGUGCCGAACGAGGAGGCUACAUGGGUGUUUUCCAGGCGGGUCUGCUUGUCCCCGUGGCGGUGGGACCGGUGAUUGGCGGUGCGAUUGCUGGAUCCUGGGGAUGGAGAACGAUCUUCUGGUGUCUGGCGGUUUACAGCGGGGUCUUUCUCUGUCUUCUUCUCCUCCUGCUACCGGAGACACUGCGGUCCAUGGUCGCAAAUGGAAGCCGGACUCCAUCGAGCAAUCUGUUGGCGCGGUAUCCGCUGACAAUCUACCAGAACACAAGUAGCAUCCAGUGGCAGAAGUCACGGAAUGGUGGUCAUGCCCUAGAAAAUAAUACGGCCGUUGAUCUUCUGGGUCCGCUUCAUGUUCUUCUCAGCCGCCACGCCGCUCCGAUCAUCUUCUUUCUCGCGGUGUACUAUGCUGUCUGGCAGAUGAGCAUCACUGCCAUGUCCUCGCUUUUCAAGAGUCACUAUCAUCUAUCAGAGAUCCGGAUCGGCCUAACCUUUAUUGCCAACGGGGUAGGAUCCAUGGUCGGAACGCUGGUGGCAGGGAAGAUCCUAGACGCCGAGUACCGUCGCGUCAAGACGCAACAUGAGGCUUCACUCGACGUCCAUCUUUCGCAAGCUCGUCGAAAAGGAGAGGAAGCUUUCCCUCUGGAACAAGCCCGCCUUCGCCUCGUACCCAUUUUCGCUCUGCUACAAUGCCUCUCGAUCCUACUCUUCGGCUGGACGAUCCAGUAUCCGCAGAAAGUGCAUAUCGCCGUCCCCAUUGUGUCGACGUUUAUCACCGGCUGGACGGCGGUGUCCAUGCAGUCACUCAUCAUGACCUAUCUAGUGGAUAUCUUCCCGGACAAGAGCGCGGCAGCCUGUGCGAGUCUGAACCUGGCACGAUGUCUGUUCGCCGCGGCGGGGACAAGCUUCAUCAUGCCCCUGAUCGAGGGGGUGGGCGUCGGAGUGGCGUUUACGAUCUGUGUUGCUGUACAGUUUGUGGCGAUGGUUGGUCUUCUUGUUCAAUGGAAAUAUGCCAAGGGAGAUACCCUUUGA